GUCCCCUCGAUGACCAGCACACUUUCACCUCCAUCAAAGCAUCCUUUGCCAUGCCCGCAGCCGAGGAAGCCGAGAGCUCCUCUGCCGCUGCUUCUCCAUCCCGUGAAGAUGCUCAGUUGAAGCGAAAGCGAUCCUCCUCUGCCUCUCCCCAGGAACAGGGCAGAUCGCCAGGGCACGUCGAGGUGACCGCAUACUCCCAGGGCACAGACGACCCUGGAGCAAAUGGCAACCAAGACCCUCCCGCUCCGCGGGGCUCCCCUCCUCCGAUGCCCAACUUCCAAUAUGUCCCUCGUGUUCCUGCCCGCCUUAAGCCGGGAGAGGAACUCCUCGACGAGGCUGCACAGGCAAAGUUGCUAGCCAAGCGGACGAGAGAUUCAGAGAGGAAGUGGCUCGCUAGUCAGCGUGCCAAGUUCGCAGCUGCACACGGCUUUGAGUUCAGUCCGAGGACGUACAAGCCGCCGACGUCCUCUUCUGGAGCGAACAACUCUGUGGAAGACGUGCAGGUAGAGGAGGACGAGACUCCCGUGGCGCCUCCAGCCAGUGCUCCUAGCAAGCCCAAGAUGGGAAAGAAGGCAGCAGCAGUUGAGAAGGUCACCUCGGAGCUGGUCGUUCCCCAGCCAGAGGCUGUGGCUAGUCUACCGAGCCCUGCAGAGGAACCAGAAGAUCGCGGUCAGGAGGAUAGUGACGAUGAUGGCAGCUCCGAAGGGGGGAAGCUGUACUGUAUCUGUAGGACCCUAUAUGACGACGACAAGAUGAUGAUCGCAUGCGAUCACUGCGAUCAAUGGUACCACGUCCUCUGUAUGAAGAUGAAAAACGAGCAAGCAGACUUGAUAGACGUCUUUGUCUGCCCUCGCUGUGAACCAACUACGACUGAGAGGACCACAUGGAAGCCGCCCUGCGCUCGCCAGGCAUGCACGAAAGCAGCAAGGCCUCCCUUGACAAAAUACUGCUCUGAUCGAUGUGGUAUGCUCGUGGCAGCUGCUCGUAUUGCCAAGACGAAGCAGGUCAAAGCCCCCGGUGGCCUGGACAGGCUCUAUAGCCUUCAGGUCCAGACAGCCAGAAAGAAGGAAGGUCUGGUAGUCUGGGGAGGCGAAGAGGGUCCGCAGGAUGGCUUGCAUCAGACCUGGUUCCAGAGAUUAGAUACGCUCCAUAUCAAGGACAGUGAACUUGGCCUCACCCUCCACGAGAUCUCGCCAGCUGGUGGUCUCACCGAAUCAGGCACGAAAGAGGAGGAGGACCUGCUCGAUCUUCGAAGGGCGCUUGCUUCUCUCACUUCCCACAAGCAAGCUUCGUCUGCAUCUUUGGAUCUAGUGAUGGGUCGAAUACAGCUGUUGGAGCUAGCCUAUGAUCGUGCUGGUGAUCUGCCCCCUGUGCAGGUCUCCGACGAGUCUGCAUCUUCCAACAAGAAGAAGACCAAGGGCAGCAAAGGCAGUGCUGGUGCUGGAGACGACACUAUCAAGACUCAACCAAGAUGUGGGUAUGACGAGCGCCUCUCCUGGGAUGAUGAGCGCUUUGUCGCAUGGAUGAAGAGCGAACAGGGCGAGCAAAUACUCAAGGGAUCGGCAGAGCUGGACGGACGACUCCACGAUGCGGAUGAGAUGCCAAUGGAGCGCCAAACUCAGCCAGGUGAAGAAGACGCCAUGGACGUGGAUCAGCGAGAAUCUCCCUCGCUCGACCCUCAGCAAUCAUCCUUGGCAGCGGUGCCCACUAUCUGUGGUCUUGUGAAGAGAAAGUGUCGCAAGCAUGCCGACUGGUCAGUAGUCAGAGGCAAUGACUUUGACGCUGAGAAGAAAUUACAGACAACGACUCUUUCAGACUUGUCAGAGCAGGAGGCGCACAUGCGAGCCAGAAUUGCCGACCUCGCAGCGAGCAUCGAAGCCAAGAAGCUCUACCAAGAUGAGCGUAUGGCUCUUUCUCUAGCUAGAGAGACGUCGAGACUGGCAGCAAUGGGCGGUGCCAAUGGCAGAUCGAUGAACGGACAUUGAGAGCAGCAAAUUCGCACAUGUACAACACGAAUGACGCAUUGUAAAUCAAUUCACUCAAGGCAAAUGAUACCCUUUGCGCCCCACUGUGGCUUUUGCUCGCUGGCCGGCAGCGACAGCAACAUUGCCGCCAAGUCUUCAAAACUAGUAGCAAUGAUCCAGUGGAGUGAGUCCCGGGAGCCUGACUCUACUUGUGCGCUGCGCUCCGAGAUCUGAUCUUGCAGCCGUUUGCCAAAUCAACUGUCAUGGUGCGUUUGAGCUCGCGAAACUUUGCUAAUGGCCGCUUGGCAAGGAUUUGAGCCAUUGACGGCAGUGUCGUUGGUCAGAAUUGCUCCGUUGCUGUUGGGCGCGAAAAUUGUCCAUUGCUCUCUUGCUUGCUCCGUACAAGCAAUGUAGCGAUUGAUGGUGCGACUCUUCUUAUAAGCCUAGCGCUUCAGGUG